CUGUCAUUUUGCGCGUGUAUCUCGUUUAUGGUAGACGUCAUCACUUCGGGGGAAAAAAUAAAUUCGAAUAAUUUUUUUUCCAUCAAAACCAAACGAAAAAAAUUAAGUAUUCGUAGUAUUUUACUUCUCAAAUCGAAUAAAAUUUAAUAACAAAUUGAAAAACAAACAAGAAUAGUGUACAAUUGCAUGUAAAUUAAGUUUCUUAAUUAAAAGAAAUAUCGUUGUGGCCUCCCAAAUGCAGGAAAAAAUCGAUUUGCAAAAAAAAGUGUCUGCUGCAUUCAAAGUGUACCUUCUUUUCGUUGUUGUCUCUCAUUACUAGAAUAGAAGAGCAUUUUUAUUUCCUAGCCCAGCCCCACAAUAUUUUAUAAUAAAAUAACGCAUAAUAAUUAGGCUGCUCCCAAAAGAUCCCAACAAAACAGAAAAACAACACACAAAAAAUUAGGUAGUCACACGUAAGAAAAAUUACAAUACGCGUUUUUCUACUUUUUGUCUAUAUUUUUCCCCAGUGAACUAACAUUUUUCCUUCCCAGUUUGUGGUGCUCUGAAUAAAGAAGAAAAUUCACUAAAAAAAAAGAACCAGAAAUCUCCUCCUCAUCUGAGUCAAGUCAUCACCAUGACUCGGUUAACAGAAGAAAUGGUUAUAGCCAGAUCCAAACAAUCUGACCUGAGCUCCAUAAAGAAGCUGAAUUGUUGGGGAAGUGAACUCAGCGAUGUCUCCAUAAUAAAACGAAUGCGUGGUGUGGAAGUUUUGGCGCUAAGUGUCAAUAAAAUAAACAGCUUGCAACACUUUGAAGACUGUCGAAACCUUCAGGAACUAUAUUUACGUAAAAACAAUAUUCAGGACAUAAGUGAAAUUGUAUAUUUGCAAAAUCUUCCAAGACUUAAAUAUUUAUGGCUCGAAGAAAAUCCCUGCUGUGAUAGUGUUGGUCCAAGCUAUCGAGCAGUAGUUCUACGAGCGUUGCCAAAUCUUAAAAAAUUGGAUAAUGUUGAAGUAACCCCCGAAGAAGUUGAAGAGGCUUUAAAUGGAGCUCCUGCUCAGGUGGAAGAAGAAGAGGAGGAUUCUUAUGAAGCACCUCCACAACCUUCAAGCCACCAGCAACAACAACAAAAAGUACACCACCAACAACAACAGCAACAACAAACACAACAACAACACUACCAACAACAGCAACAACAAUCUCAACAACAACAAUACUCACAUCAACAACAGCAACAACAACAGUAUGCAUCACAACAAAGAAGAAGUUCAAGUCCAAUUAAAGAGAACUCACAACAUAUUAGCCCCGAUAAUACUGAAGAAUCUCUGAGUGAAACAAAUAACCAAGGGUCUGUCCCAUCAUCUCCACUUCAGCGUUCACCAACAAAUCAUCAGGAUUAUUCACCACCGGAGCAAGCUCAUCCGCCAUCUCCAAAAUAUAACCAACAGUCUAGAGAAAACCGUCUAUCUUACACGCAAUAUGAUCAAAGGUCACCGGGUUCUGACCAAGAAAGUCCAUUGGGAGGAUAUCGAGAAAGAGGUCCAAUUCCGCCCAGCAUAUCGACCCAUUCUAUGAAGGAAUACUAUCAGUCAGAUCGCCCAUCCUAUCCUGCUCACUAUCGACAUAGUCAGACAGACUUGACAGAAUGGGAAGAACACCAGCAACACAAUAAUCAAUAUAGUAAUGGUGUUGCGCCAAGAGGCCAUCCAAUGGAGAGGCGAAGUGCAGGUGCCGCUGAUAGAGAAAUCUCAGACAGAUAUAAUUAUAGAAAUGGAAAUGUGCGAGAGAAUGGAGACUGGGAAGAUCGUGAGGAGCGACCGCGAACAGCGAGCAGGCGACCGGAGGGAAGGUUUAAUGACUCGGCGAGUGUAGUAUCUACAGCAGUUCUCAAUCACUAUUCGUAUCACAGACGUCCAAUCAAUAGAAGUUCUAAUUUGCUCUCAGCUACACUAUGCCUUGUCAAGGAACUCGAUUAUCCCAGCCUAGAAGUUGUAGAACACGCAGUGCGCUGUCGAAUCGACGAACUAUCGGCCGAAUGAUGAAUAAGGCGUCUGCCUUCAUGCUGAACAAAAACAAUUCUCAACUAACGUAUACAUCAUUUUAAAACAAAAUUUUCAUUUAAAUACUUUAGUUACCUUAAUCCUGCCAAUAAACACAAGAUGUUAAUGUAAUAUCUUAAUAUAAUGAAUCCGUUUUGGUUUAACCUACAUAAAUGUAUUAUUUAUCACAAAAUAUCUUACCUAACUUAUAAAAAAAACUGAAUUAAGCCAGAUAUAAAUUGUAUAAUGUGUAAAUCGCUAUCAUCAAUUUUAUUGAGUAGCUCGAAAAUGUAGAGAUUAUCUUAAGACUACUACGCGUAGAUAUAUAACUAAAAGAAGCGUAGAUAAUUAUGAAUAAUCUUAAUCCUUGCCAAUUUUUAAAAACUUUUUUGUUUCGGAUAGUUGUAAUUAUAUUUUUUAACAAAGUAAAAAAAAAUCAUCUAAGUGCAAUCCAUUUUGUUUGAACAGGUUACUCAUUAAAAAUUAUAUUAAAUGUUGACAAUGUUACAUAGAAAUAACUAUUUUAUUGGUUAAAGACAUCACUUUUUGAUUUAGUUUAACAUAAGAUUAUGAAAUUGUUAGGUUUAUGUAGCUUGUACUUAUUUUAUAACAAAUUUAAUUUGUUGCUAAUUUGUUUUUGUUCUUGUUCUUAAAAGAAUACAAAAUAAUAUUAAUAAGUGUUAAUUUUAAACUUGCUGCCGCACAAAGCAAAUAAAACUAAGAAUGCAUUGUUAUGAAUUUAUAAGUGUUUCAGAGUUUGUGUAAUUUAACAAUACAACGUCCAUUAAGUUUCUAUACUCAUUUACAAAAAAAAAAGAAAUAAA